CAUUCAGCUCUUUAAAUAGCAACUUCCACCUCGCUUCUUUGACGACUCCUCAAUGAAGUUGCAGAAUAACCCACGAAAAUGCAUUGACUUGUCCUUCUAAGCGUUUGUUUCAUCAUACGUUUCAUCACACAAGUAAUCCCCUUUUGUUUCUGUCUUAGGAGGAGUAAUGAAGAAAUCUGGUUCUUGUUGGGCUUCUUCCUUUUUCGAGGAAACUAGCCUAAGCUUUUCAGACUGAGCUAGUUUAAAGCGUUCGAGGGUGCAAGACUCAAGCUGCGAUAUCACAAUGAAUGCACAUUUGCACACCCAUUCUCGGUCCAAUCCCCUUCAUGAAGAGGGAUGUCUUUCUUCUAAAGUUGGAUUCAGAUUCCAUCCAACAGAUGAAGAAAUCGUCGCCUAUUAUCUCGAAAAUAAAAUCAACGGCAACGAUUCCCUUGUUAAUCAUAUUAUUGGCGAGAUUGAUCUCUGCCAGUACGAGCCACGGGAUCUGCCUGACCAUUCCCUGAUAUCAUCAGACGAUAAAAUUUGGUAUUUCUUCAGUCGCCCUGAUUUCAAGUAUUCUAAUGGUAAACGAGCCAACAGAACAACGAGGGCUGGAUUCUGGAAAGCCACAGGAAAAAUUCGCUAUAUCAAAGCUGGGGAGUCCCGGAAGGAGAUUGGUAGCAAGAGGACCCUAGUGUUUCAUAAGAAAGUCCAUGAUUCUAAGCCAGUCAGAACCAAUUGGAUCAUACACGAGUACCAAUCUAAAAACAUCCUUCCCAACCAGAGGCAUUUUGUUCUCUGUAAACUAAAGCAGAAAGUAGAUGAAAAUAUCGAUCAUUCACCCGAGGAUGAAGGUGAACCAAGUCGUCCUACGGAUGCUCAGACAGAUCCAGAACAAGUUCUGCAAUCUCAAAUCUGCAUUAUGGGGAUGCAUCCAGAAGGACUGAAGCAGCAGGGUGUUUCUGAUGAGCAUUUGCUACAGACCAAUUGUUUUGAUAAUCCACAUAUGGGGUUGGAUUUGCAUGAUACUAGUGAUGAUGAAGAUCCAAUAAAGUUGGCAGAUUCAUUUCUUUCUCUGGAUGAUGAAUGCUUCACCCAAAAAAAUGCAGAUGUUCCCCCUAAUGACUACAGGCCACCAGAGCCAUUAAGAAAAACGUAUGUUGCGGAUAUCCAUUGGAAGACUGCAUCUGGCUACAGUGAGUCUCCCCAACCUACGAAAACUUCAAAUUUGAAUGAUGGAGACGCCAGUUCUGAAGAAUAUCAGCAGAUGCAAACUGUUCUAACCCCUACUGAAACUCUGACUUCUGGAGAAGGGAAGAAUGAUCCUUAUCGCAAGGAAGUCUCAGUGACCGGGACUUCCACAGCAGGCUCAGCUGCAGAUAGACCUUUUGAGAUCAAUUACAUAAGAUAUGCUUACAAACCUGGAGUCUGCAGAGGCAUAGCAUCUUUUUCAAGCGUAGUAACCAGAGAUAAGUCUUUCGAAGACAUGGAAAAUUGCUUGUCGGGGCAAGGGCAGGAUCGGUGCUAUUGUCUUCCAGAGAUCAAUCGCAAUGAAUCAGUUGGUGAAGAAUUUCCAAAACCUCAGAAACGACUAAUGAUCAGCAACUUCACAGGACAGAAACUCAACCCCAGCACAGUGUCCACUGGUGAGGUGACAAACUUAAGUUGCAGCUACAUAACAAGCAAGGAACCUGAAAAGCCAGGUUUGAAUCUCAAAUCAACUAGAUCUUCUGACAAUGACAGGGAGGUUUGUUCCAUUCGUUCGGAGAUUACUCCAUUAAUCCAUAGGCCAAAUCCCCCAUCAGUAUAUAUUGUUAACAUACUUGUAGGUCUAGUUUUGUUCAUUUUUAUUGUCAGGGAGAUGCUGAUUCUUCACUGAGUGAUGCGACUCUCACCAGGUAUCACAAGCAGCAAAGCUCUGCAAUAAGGGCCUAAAAUGGAAUAGAUCUAACAGAUUUUUUUUUGUUUCCUGUCAAGUACUCCUGUGAACUUGGAGUGAAUAUGGGUACUUAAUAAUGUUGUCUAAUUACGUCCUCAACCUUGUUGGAAGGAAAUGUAUGUCUGGACAGGACUUCUAUAUACAUAUAUAUUUAUUUAUAUAGUUGCCAUCUUUUAAUUUGGCCUGUUGGAUUUCAUUACUAGAUUGUGUAUCAAGCAUUUUCAUAAUAUUGUCAUCAGGGUUCUCCACUUUC